CUCAGACGUCGGCGAUAGUGAUGGUGGUGUUAGUGCAACGAUGAGCAUGUGAGGCGAAUAUAAAGUGGCGUCCAGCGCUUCAGGCUUGGCUUGCGUUUCUCAUCAUCCUCUCUCCUGCACGCCGUGUGGCAUAGACCAUCGCCGGUUGAGUAGCAGCUCGUUGCUAUCAUGUCCGGAACGUCCACUCUCGCUACAAGCUUCUCUGCUGUGGCGGCCAAGGAUCAGACAGACGCCGACCCCGCUGCUCGUUAUCAAGACUGCCUGGCAUGCCGACCAAGAUCGAUCGUUGGGAAGCGAAUAAUGGCGGGAUUGGGUGUCUGCUUCCUAGUAGCAAGUGCUAUGCGAUGGACUAAGUAAUGUUCGUCGUAUCAUCGUUGCUUUGUACUAUGCUCGAUGACCCGCGUCGUCCAAAGGUCUCUUCAAAGUGGCAGUCCGUCAACGGACGGGGUGCAUGGUCGUGCGAACACUGGCUUUUAUGGUCGUCUUUGCUAUCUACCUAUGUACAUGACAUCAACGCUGGGCCACGGUAU